AUGAGAGAUAUUGACACAUUGUUGCUGGAUCUCAUUUGUGCAGGUCCUGUUCGGACGCGCUCCUUACACGCUGUGUUUUCCGACGCGGUAGGAAGUCAGCCGCGUCACGAGGAGAAUCGGCCGCUCAACACCAGUGGUCAUGCUCCACAAAUCCCGGCCUCGCGUGGUGAUGCGACUUCCGCUCACGUCAAUGGCGUGGGAACGCGAUCUGCUCACCAUUCUCUGCGUUCCGGAAGUCAGGGCCGGUCGGGUAGGCGGCGAGCAGGUCAGGCGGCCCGCCAGAGUUCCGCCAAUGCCGCAGGGCGCACGUCUGCUGCUGCUGGCGCAGGCCAGCAGUUCCGCCACGCUGCAGGGAGCAACACCGCCGCUGAUGCAUCUGGCGGGCUGCUUGGCGAGACCGCUGGGCGCACGUCUGCUGCUGCUGGCGCAGGCCAGCAGUUCCGCCACGCUGCAGGGAGCAACACCGCCGCUGAUGCAUCUGGCGGGCUGCUUGGCGAGACCGCUGGGCUGACGUCUGCUGCUGCUGGCGCAGGCCAGCAGUUCCGCCACGCUGCAGGGAGCAACACCGCCGCUGCUGCAUCUGGCGGGCUGCUUGGCGAGACCGCUGGGCUGACGUCUGCUGCUGCUGGCGCAGGCCAGCAGUUCCGCCACGCUGCAGGGAGCAACACCGCCGCUGAUGCAUCUGGCGGGCUGCUUGGCGAGACCGCUGGGCUGACGUCUGCUGCUGCUGGCGCAGGCCAGCAGUUCCGCCACGCUGCAGGGAGCAACACCGCCGCUGAUGCAUCUGGCGGGCUGCUUGGCGAGACCGCUGGGCUGACAUCUGCUGCUGCUGGCGCAGGCCAGCAGUUCCGCCACGCUGCAGGGAGCAACACCGCCGCUGCUGCAUCUGGCGGGCUGCUUGGCGAGACCGCUGGGCUGACGUCUGCUGCUGCUGGCGCAGCCCAGCAGUUCCGCCACGCUGCAGGGACGACCUCGGCCUACACUGCACCGGGCGGUCAGCUGCGCCAGGCCGCUGGGAGCAGCUCUCCUGACCCUCCAUCUGGCGGUUUGUUCCGCCAGCCUGCGGGUCUGACCUCCGGCGAUCCUGCACCUGGUGGUUCGUUGGGGCAAACCGCAUUGAACAGCUCUCCUGAUCCUGCACCAGGCGGUCCGUUUAGCCAGGCCGCUGGGAGGAGCUCUCCUGACCCUGCAUCAGGUUGUCGGUCGGGGCACGAGGAUGGGAGGAGAUCCGCUGACCCUUCAGCUGGCGGCCAACUGGGACAAGUGGCUGGGUGGAGCUCUGCCAACACUCCUACUGGCGCUCAUUUGGUCCAGACCGCUGGAAGACCUACAGCCGACCAUGCUCCUGACGAGAUGCGCACGAUAGCUGCUGGGCACACCUCCACUGAGACCCAUGAUGGCAGCAUGUUCCUGCCGUCAUGCGAACCGGUUCCGGACGCCCCUUCCUGCCCGUCUGCUGGCAUGACCUCUGCCGACCCUGCUGUUGAUGGCGUGUUAGGCCAGGCUGCUUGGAGGACCGACGCCAAUCCUGUUGCUGGCGUGCUGCUAAGGCCAACCGCGAGGCGCAUCCCCGACGACACCAACACUAACGGCGUGUUCUCCCCGCCUGGAGGCGCCGAGCUUGGCGGCCACUUUGGCGAGGCCAAUGGGAGGACCUGGACCAACUCUGGAGCAGACGAGCCGCUCAUCCCGAACGCUGGUGGAACCGAGGCCGGUGAUGCUGUGGGCGGUCAGACAGGAGAUGCGUAUGGGCGGGCCACUACACACGCUGCUGAUCAUGAACUGCACGGGCAUGUGGCAGAACCGACCUCUGAUGUUGAAGAGGCGCGUGCCGCACAUCGUGCUCUCCAGCGUGAGAACCAGCGGCUGUUGAAUGAGCUUGAAGAGCUUAGGCGUUCGCUUUCUCGGUCAACGUCACCUGCUGAGACCUCUGGUGGUGCGGGCGAGCAGCAGGAACCGUCUCCAAACUCUGGGAAUGUCGCAGCUAAUGUGCAGCCAGGAAGGCAUCCCAUCGUACCGAUCAACGAUCGGCUGCUUGGGAGGGCCGUUGGGAACGCUCACGCCCGGGGAACCGAGCAUGGCCUGCAACACUUGACCCCGGAGCAGGAGGUCCUCGCAUUCGACCUUGCUGCAGCGAUGAGGCGAGUCCCCGAGGUGGCAAUGUUGGAUGCACUCACCGUUCUUUUCUGGGAUAUGCCGGAUGGUAGGAUGGACUUCUGGCCAUCUCAGAAGGUGCUGCUGGGAGCGCUUGCUGCUGCUUUGAAGUACAAGACGGUUGGUCAGCGGACCGACCUGCUUCAUGUGUAA